CCGCCGCGCCUUCCCCGCCCGCCGGGCUCCCCGCCGGCAGCGACGAUGUUUUCUCUCAAGCAGCCCAAACCCACCUUCAAGUCCUACCUUCUGCCGCUGCCUCAGGCUGAAGACCACAUAGCGUCAGAACCAAGGAUUAAAAAACUGGAACCAGUACUUUUGCCAGGUGAAAUUGUGGUAAAUGAAGUAAAUUUUGUAAGAAAAUGCAUCGCAACAGAUACAAGUCAAUAUGAUCUGUGGGGCAAAUUGGUUUGCACUAACUUCAAGAUUUCCUUUAUUACGGAUGACCCAAUGCCACUACAGAAAUUCCAUUAUAAAAAUCUUCUCCUUGGUGAACAUGAUGUCCCACUAACAUGCAUUGAGCAGAUUGUUACAGUGAAUGACACCAAGAGGAAGCAGAAGGUCCUUGGUCCCAACCAAAAACUUAAGUUUAAUCCAACUGAAUUAAUAAUUUAUUGCAAAGACUUCCGUAUUGUCAGAUUUCGUUUUGAUGAAGCGGGUCCUGAAAGUGCAAAAAAGGUGUGCCUUGCAAUAGCUCAUUAUUCUCAGCCAACAGAUCUUCAGCUUCUCUUUGCAUUUGAGUAUGUUGGGGAAAUAUAUCAUAAUCCAGCAAAGAAGGUGAAUGGAAUAGACCCAGGAGGUGGUGGUGGCGGCAUCGGCAGUGUCAGUGGUCAGCAGACACCUUUGUUUGAAACUUACUCUGAUUGGGAUAGAGAAAUCAAAAGGACAGGUGCAUCAGAGUGGAGAGUUUGUUCGGUCAAUGAAGGUUAUAUGAUAUCUACUUGCCUUCCAGAAUAUUUUGUGGUUCCAUCUUCCUUAGCAGAUCAAGACCUUAAGCUGUACUCCUACUCUUUUAUUGGGAGACGAAUGCCAUUAUGGUCCUGGAAUCACCCUAAUGGGAGUGCCCUCGUAAGAAUGGCCAACAUUAAAGAUGUAUUGCAACAAAGAAGAAUUGAUCAAAGGAUUUGUAAUGCAAUAACUCGAAGCCAUCCUCUAAGAAGUGAUGUUUACAAAUCUGAUCUGGACAAGUGUCUCCCCAACAUCCAGGAAAUCCAGGCUGCACAUAUCAAACUCAAACAGCUGUGUGUUAAUGAGCCUUUUGAAGAAACUGAAGAGAAGUGGCUAUCCUCACUGGAAAAUACUCGCUGGUUAGAGUACAUUAGAUCAUUUCUUAAGCAUUCUGCUGAGCUUGUAUAUAUGAUGGAGUGUAAGCAUGUUUCUGUAGUUCUACAAGAGGAAGAGGGACGGGACCUGAGCUGUCUUGCUGCUUCUCUCAUUCAAGUCAUGCUGGAUCCCUAUUUUCGAACAAUUGUUGGAUUUCAAAGUUUAAUACAGAAGGAAUGGGUCAUGGCAGGAUAUCAGUUUUUAGAUAGGUGUAACCACUUAAAGAGAUCUGACAAAGAGUCUCCUUUGUUCUUGAUGUUUCUUGACUGUGUUUGGCAGCUGCUAGAACAAUACCCAGCAGCCUUCGAGUUUUCUGAAAUGUACUUGACCAUAUUGUACGACAGUGCACGUAUCUCAUUGUUUGGCACUUUCCUUUUCAAUUGUCCUCAUCAGCGAGUAAAGGAAAGCACUGAAUUUGCCAUAAGCAAAAAUAUUCAGCUGGGUGAUGAGAAAGGCCUCAAAUUUCCUUGUGUUUGGGACUGGUCUCUUCAGUUUACAAGCAGGGACCGCCUGCUCUUUCACAACCCUUUGUAUAUUGGGAAGAGUGCGCCAUGUGUACAAAAUGGAGCAGUGAAAACUUUUAAACGCUCAAAGAAAAACUACAGCUCCACAUUGCGAGGUGUCCCCCCAGCAUUGAAAAACGGAAUCAUCAGUGAGCAAGAGUUCCUUCCAAGAAGAAACUCUCUGAUACUAAAACUGAAACCGGACUUUUUACAGCAAACAGAGAGUCAGAGUAACAGUAUGGAACAGUACUUCAGAGACUGGUUUGCAAAGCCUGUUGAUUUGCACGGUGUAAUUCUGCCCCAUCUCUCUGGAACACAAAUAAAACUCUGGAAACUGUGCUACUUCCGCUGGGUUCCUGAAGCCCAGAUUAAUCAUGGUGGCUUCAUCACUGCUUUCCAUAAAGUUUCUUUGCUGGCAGAUGAAGUAGACAUGUUAAACCGGAAUCUUCGGCAGUACAAAAGCAACUCUUCUUUGCAAGGCAGCUGCUCAGAACUGGAUCAAAGCAGGAUGUACUUCAGAGCAAAUAGUUUAAAUGACACCUCUGAGGCCCCAGACUUUCUCUCCUCCUCAUUCCCAUUUUCUCCUGUAGGGAAUCUAUGCAGACGGAGCAUUCUGGGGACACCUUUAAGCAAAUUUUUAAGUGGGGCCAAAAUCUGGCUAUCCACUGAGACACUUGCAAAUGAAGAUUAAGAUGAUGUGGUGGUUUAAAGGUUUGGGGAGAACACAGCAUAUCAUUUUGUCUUUUCUAAGUUAACACUGCUAAAUGCGGCAUUGAAAGCUGUAAUAAUUUUUAUAUACAAACGUUAUGUAAGUUUUGCACAAAUAUUUAAAAGCAAAGCGAGUCAUGCUUCAAAUCGCACAAUUUUGUCUUCAGUAGUUCUCAUCUGCUAGGGCUUCUGGUCCCUGAUUUCUUCUGUAUUUUUGUGGUUUGGCUUAUUAUAUGCGAUGGAGCAUUUCAUUAGCUAGUUGAAAGGCGUGGUGUGGUCAUUAACAGGGCUUCUGCUUGAAAUGUCUUUUUUCCCAGAUAGUGACUGAAGUGACUCUUGUGCCAAAACAGCUUGGCAAAUCAAAGUAGUUCAGUGCAGUGGACAGAGACCGACAGCUGAAAUCUGGGAACAAGCUAUUAUUUUAUCAGAUUGCCUCUUCAGGAAGAAUACUUACAUGCAUACAUACAUACUAACAUUCCGUGACUUGGAUCAUCCUACAUAUGUGUUAAUGCAGUGUGUAUCCAUGGGGUGGUUGUUCCCUUUUCUUUCUCUCCCCAAAAGGUAUUCAUUAACAAUUAGUCAGAUUUGUGCUCUUUGUCAUGAGCUUGACUUUAGACUAUAGGAAUCAACUUCAGGACAAUGCACUGUUAACCUUAAAACAUUACUGUAGAUAUGGUAUUGCAGUAGCUUUAGAAGUGCCUUUAAUUGGGAGGAAACAGUAGCAAGAUUACUCUAAUGCAGCUGACCUGACACCCCUCCCCCCCAACUUUUUACAAUAGGUUGUUAUGGUAAGUUCAAUAUUGUUCCAUCCCCUGCAUCCUCCUCUCCAUUUCUGGAAAUAACAGAAGGCCAGCUCAAGAGACAGCAGGUUUUUCCUCUUUAAGGUUAAGCUCAUUUGUAAGUCUCACGAGAGCCUCAAUUUUUAAUGUAAGCACCUCAAAUACUCAGCAUUGUAUUCCUGCAUGGAUCCUGAUCCCUGCCAACCCUCUCCUCAUCCUGUUGCAGGAUGAAGUAGCUUUCAGCAGAAUUCAUACUUAAGCCCUACUGGGUUCCAGAAAGGAUGACGUGCUCCAAGUGGCCAAAUCCACGAGGGGUGCUAGUGCUGUUGUCACUUGUAAGCAGGUGCUGGAAGAAGAGCAGUUAGUGGUGCUGCCUUCUUACAUACAUGCAUGUCCAUAUGGACAGUGCAAUGGACAAGCGCUGCUUGAGGGAAUUAAAUCCAACAGCCUCCUCUGCUUAAUGC